AUGGCGUCUCCACUCCGCCUUCGUCUAUUGCAAGACAUUGCCGAGAUGCAAACGAACCAUUACCCUGGAAUCGCUCUCUACAUCCAAGACGAUGAUAUCUCGACAGGCUGCUUGAUCCUGACCGUGAAAGGCUACGGCCCAAUGCAUUUAACUAUUAAUUUCAAUUCAGAUUAUCCAUUGACACCUCCAGUUAUACGAAUGGACUCCAAAAUGGACUAUACGCCAGCUUAUACGCUGAAGGGGAUUGCUAUUCAAUUAUUGAGUUUCUUUUCUAAUGAUAAGAUCCAACAGGUAAGCGAUUUCUUCUUCACGCUUGAGGACUUUCGGAACUUGCAUGUGGAACAGAAUGCGGGAAUGCCACCUUAUGAAUGCGUAAAAUGUGACUUCAGCACACACAUUGAGACAUCAAUCUCCGACUCUGUUCAGGAUCUCCAAAAUCAGACAAAGUCUAAUCAAAUAAUCGACACUUCCUCUCGACCUCCAUGCAUACAGGCCGCCAAGCUACCAGAUGAGAUGCUGCUCUCCGUUUUUGAAUAUCUGGAAUCAGAAAAUCUCCUUGCUUUCGCUGAAGCAUGGCCGAAGAUCGCAGAUGUUAUCGUCAAGUAUAACGUGAUUCGAACUCGCGAGCUUCAUUGUUUCUGCUUGAAGCAGGACUACAUGACAUCGAAGCUGGGCGUGGGGAUAUCUUUGACGAAGGAAGAAAAGGGGAACAAGGCUCUUUUGGGAUCUGAAUUUGAUCUUUUGUCUGAGGAUGCUUUUGAGCUUGGCAUCAGACGGUCCGUACAAGGCCUUCCUUUCCGAUUCUGGCUCCCACUUCCAUUGUCCGAAAGCCACUGGGAGAGAGUCCGAGACGAUGUAGAUCCUGCACUGGCGAUCAUCGCGGAUCGUGCCGGCUAUGGAGACGUCGAGAAUGUCUAUGUACUCUUCAAGCUAUUGAACGAUGUAAUAGUGAGACUGAGCAAAGAGACCGAAGAAACAACAUACAGGUCUCCGAUAUACCCAUACGAAGAGAAAGCCAAAAGCACUCUGAAGCACGCAUCAGAAAAGGCAAUCGAGUCAUACUACCACAUUUUCCAUCUCUUGCUCUGCAAAGCCACCGGAGAUCCAUGGAUCGUCGACUAUGCCAAUACCAUCAUCGACAGUUUCGAGAAAGGCGCAACAUCACGAGACUACAUCCAGAAUCUAGGCCACUUCCUCAUCGCGACACUCAUCUCAGAUCGUGAAGUAUCAAAGAAGAUGAUUCAAAAUAUCAUCACAGAAGCAGCGACUCGCAACGUCAAUCGUGUGUUGCAAAAACAUCCAGAAUUGGCUUACCUGGAACCAACAACCGUCUCCAAGUACCGCCUCCAGAAGAGUUUUGAGGCGUCCAAAACUUCAUACCGAAUCCUCAUGUUUCUGAACAUCUUCCGACGAACUGCUCUUCGAGACUCAGCCUUCGCACGGCACGGUGCUCCUCCUCCAGGAGGCGCAAAGGAGCUCGCAGAAGAUAUCAAGCGCAUCCAUGCAAUCGACAACUUUGGUCAUUUCUUGUUGGUGAUGGGUAUGCCAAUGAUGCCCAAAGAAUGGGUUUGUCAAUUCCUCAGAGACAGGAUGAAAGACGCCAUAAGAUUGGGAUAUUGCGGAAUGUCACUAACCCAAGGACAAGCGAUGACAUUAAGGAGAGAGAAAGAACCAAACAUUGCGGUGGCGCCAGGGAUAUUCUUCCUCAAUCCGCCCAAACCAGAGAAAGAUGGAGGAUACAACUUUCGCGCAAAGCAUGGCGGCAAAGGAAGAGGAAGGAAGUGA